AUGUCCACCGAACAAACCCCCGUUUCAACCGACGCCUCUCAGGCACCAAUCAACCCUCUGGCCGCCCAUCCCAUCAACCCUCAAGAUGCCCAGGGACGACAGCCCGCCUCCUCCUCCGCCCCCUCCUCCGAACUCACCAGUGGGAAGGUGAGGCUCAAGGGCGCUCUGCGUCACUUUGCCGACUUCCCCAUCAAGGGCAUCGACUUUGUCGACAUCAUGCCUCUGUUCCUCGACCCCACCGUCCAUCAGACUCUCGGCGAAGUCCUGGAGUUGCAGGUCAAGGAGGGUUUCCAGACCCUGCCCGACGUGAUCGUCGGACUUGACGCCCGCGGUUUCCUCUUCGGUCCCGGCAUGGCCCUCCGUCUCGGUACCGGCUUUGCCCCGGUUCGCAAGCAGGGCAAGCUGCCCGGCCCGUGCGUCACCGCCGAGUACCAAAAGGAGUACGGCUCCGACUUCUUCCAGAUGCAGGAGGACGCGAUCAAGCCUGGCCAGAAGGUUCUGAUUGUUGACGACAUCAUUGCCACCGGCGGCUCCGCGAAGGCGGCGGCAGACCUCGUCAAGAAGCUCGGUGGUGACAUUAUCGGCUACCUUUUCAUCCUCGAGAUCCCUGGCUUGAAUGGCCGCGAGAAGCUCGGAGAUACCAAAACCGUCAUCCUCCUCGAAGACGCAUAA